AGGAUAGAUAUCCGGUUGACGUGAUUCGAAAGAUAUGUCAAAAUAAGUAAAACGACAACAAAGUGGAAGUGAAAAUAGAAUUCAGUGAAUAUUUUUGUUAUAAUGACUUAAACAAUAUAUCAGGAUGGUGCAGAAGUAUCAGUCACCAGUCAGGGUAUAUAAACAUCCGUUUGAACUGGUCAUGGCGGCAUAUGAGAAGAGAUUUCCAACCUGUAAGAUGAUUCCAGUGUUUCUUGGAUCAGAUACUAUCUCGGACUGGACAAGUGAAGAUGAAUCUCAACAUGAUAUUGAGAGGAGAUGUCGCCUGAAUGUUGAUGCACCUUACCUUCUCAAAAAGAUUGUUGGAGUAGAUCAUGUGGUAUUCAUCCAAAAGAAUGCACUGAACCGUAAAGCUCGUACCUUGACCAUAGAUGCCCAUAAUGAAAGUUUUUCUUCAAGAAUCAUAAUUAACGAGCAUUGUUUUUACUCGGUUCACCCAGAAAACUCAUCAUGGACAUGUUUUGAACAAAGUGCUAGUCUUGAUAUAAAACAUUUCUUCAAUUUUGAGAGUACUGUUGAAAAAAUUGCUAUGAAACAGUAUGCUGCAAAUAUCAAAAAGGGUAAAGAAGUAAUUGAGUACUACAUUCAAGAAUUGAUAACAGAGGGUACAUCUUUUAUAAAACCAUGGACCCCUAAAAUUGAGGACACACCCUCACAGGACAGUGGUCUGAGGAGUCGGUCUAACAGUCAACAUAGCAAUAGCAGCCAAUCUAGUCUAAUCUUAGGAGCCACUGCUGCAACCAUGCAUGAGAAGUCUCCUGUUUCUGAAGGUGCUCAUUCUCCAGAUCUUGCUGGUGGGAAACUGGAAGAUGUUUAUAUUGAACGUUUCCUUGGUAACCUUACUCCAGUACAAGAGAAUAGUCUUGUUCAACUACGCCAACUCCUUCAGACAACACAUAAAGGAAAGAUUCCUAAAGACGCCCAUAUUUUACGUUUUCUUCGUGCUAGAGAUUUCCACAGAGAAAGAGCAAGAGAGAUGCUUGUUCAUUCCAUGGCUUGGAGGAAGCUACACAAUGUUGAUGGUUUAUUAGAAUCAUAUCAAGCUAGUGAAGUUAUAGACCAGUACUAUACAGGAGGCUGGCAUUACUGUGAUAAAGAUGGCAGACCAUUGUAUGUAUUAAAGUUAGGACAAAUGGAUGUCAAGGGUCUGAUAAGGAGUGUUGGAGAGGAAGCAAUACUAAAACAUGUUUUAAGUGUGAAUGAAGAGGGUUUGAGGAGAUGUGAUCAGGCAACACAAAUCACUGGAUAUCCUGUCUCAGGAUGUACUUGUAUUGUUGAUUUGGAAGGUUUGAGCAUGCGACAUCUGUGGCGACCAGGAGUCAGAACAUUGCUACGCAUCAUUGAAGUCGUAGAAGCAAAUUACCCAGAAACAAUGAACAAAUUAUUGAUAGUCAGAGCACCGAGAGUGUUUCCUGUAUUGUGGACAUUAAUAAGUCCAUUUAUUGAUGAAAAUACAAGACAGAAAUUUAUGAUUUAUGGCGGGAAAGAUUAUCAAGGAGCAGGAGGGUUGAUUGAAUUCAUUGAUAAAAAAUAUAUACCUGAUUUUCUUGAUGGAGAUUGUUAUUGUGAUGUACCAGAAGGAGGAUUAGUGCCAAAAGCUUUAUAUAAAGAAGAAUACUCAGAUAAAUCCCCUGAGGGUCCCCCACUUAGUAUUGACAGCUUAUAUCAGACAAGUUAUGUUGUUAAGGAUUUUUCUCAUGAAGUUUUAAUAAAUGUACCACAGAGAGGAUCUGUUAUUACUUGGGACUUUGACAUUCUGAAAGGGGACGUCACUUUUACAGUGAUUCGGUAUAAAUAUGGAACACUUCCUGCGGAACCAUAUCAUCAACAUCACGUCCAAAGUGCAUCGGGUGGAAUAGGAUCUGUACAAUAUAUAGACAAUAAAACAAUGCAGGUGGGAAAAGAUCUGACCAUUGUUGAAGCUCCACAUAUAUGUAGGGAUGGAGACAGUGUUCAGGGUUCCAUUGUGACAAAUCAAGCUGGUAGUUAUAUACUACAGUGGAAGUACUUUGACUCCAGUAAAGCUGCUUUUGAUUUUCCGUUAGCAUCACACAAGUCUAAAGUUAUGUACCAUACAGAUGUACUCAAGUCAGAAGCUUUUAGAGGAUCUAUGAGCAGUCUACAGUCAUGUCAUAGUGGAUUUUCAUCCUUAAGUUUAAGUACAUCACAGAGUACAGGGAGCUUAAACGCCAAUAAUCCUAACAGAGAUUAUGAUUCAUCAUAAGACUAAGGAGAUAACGAAGGCCAAAUACAAAAGGAACUUAGAAUCAAACAUCUAGAUAACUAUGAUCAUCAGAAUCAAACAUCUAGAUAACUGUGAUCAAUCAUUUGGAACAACAGAGCUUCCAUAACAACAUGAAGAUUGACUGAAUGAAUUAUUGUCCCAAGAGGAAAAUAUUUUGAAAUUUUUAUUUGAUUGAGAAUAAGUUUUUCUACUAAUAGUUUGAAGAAAAUAUUACUGAUUUUUUUGGGUGUGAUUUAAAAUAUUUUGUGAGAUUACAAGGCAUUUAAAAUCAGUUUGUCAAUUCACCUUUUCAGAAUCUAAAGGACCAUUCGGAAUUUCAUUGUUUGUAUCCUAAAAUAAAAGUCAUUUCAUUUCAUCCGUUGAAUUUGGAUAGUUUGGAACAUUGUAAACCAAUAAUUACAGUACUUUUGAAAAUAUUACCCAGAAUGCAUUGAUUCAGAAAUUGGGAUUUCAGAAUAAAGAAAAUGGUUACCGUUGAGAUUUUUUAUUGAUCUGAGAUAAUUUGUUUGGAGCAGAGUUAGAGAAAGUUAUAUUUACUGAUCUUACAAAUUUAUUAUAUCAUUUUAUGAAGAAAUAUCUAAAUCAUAAAAACAUAAAGAAAUAAUUUCAUCAUUGUAGUUACAAAUAUUUUUAGCUUUAAAAAAGUGUGAAUUAAGUUAUUUUACAGUGCAUAUGUAAUUGUUAGUACUGAAAUUAACACACGAUGACAGCUAUUUUAGCACAUAUGAAAAUAGACACUUGUUUUUUCAUUGAAAAUGGUUGAAUUUUUAAACCACAUAAAGAUACAUAUGUAGUUGUUAUAGCAUGUAAAGAUACAUAUGUAGAUGUUAAUACAAAUCUAGCUGUUAUCACAUGUAAAUUAACAUAUGCAGUUGUUAACAUGUAAAUAUACAUAUGUUGUGGUAAUCAAUAAUCACAUUUUAAGAUUCAUUUGUAGCUAUUAACAUUAUAAAAAAAUACAUAUGUAGCUGUUAAGGGGGCUCGCGGGUAUAAAUCUUUUUUUUUCUUAAAUAUAGAAUUCACAAUGUGCUUUCGAAAGAACCAUGCAUUUUUGUUAAGGUACUUUUUUUCUGUUGAACUACUAGGAGAAAAAAAGAUAAUAUGGAAAUAAAAAAAGAACUAAAUUUCAAAAAUCGCUUAAAAUUUACAAUAGUCUAGAUUACUAAGUUCAGCUUAUUUGAUAAAAAAAAUGCAUUUAUUUUGCCAAAGGGAGAUAAUAUGGAGCUUUUUCAAUGAUAUAAACAUUUUAAAAGUCAUCUGGGGCCAAAAAGAAUUGAUUGUUGUGGUUGAUUUUUGUACCAAAUCAUAAAGUAACAAUUAAUUGUGUAAUAAAUAAAAUAAGUAAUGAAACAAAAAAUGUUUAAAUUUUUGCUGAAAUUUUUGUACCCUAGAGAGCCUCCUUAACACAGUUAUAAUGCACACACUUUGUUAAUCUAACUCAGUAAUAAUAUGUUUCUUUUUGAUUGUUAAUUUAUACCUAGUCGUUUUAAUCUCUACAUUACAAUAGAGAACAGGUGCUGAUACACAUUUGUUUUGGUGUGGUCCAAGAAUUGUUGUUGUGUGUGUGAUUGUGUAUAUGAGUGAUCAGUAUGUGUAUAAAUGUGUAUACAAGUCAUUGAUUUGUCAGAAGUAAAAUUGUUUAAAAGUAUUUUUAUUUACAGAUAACAGUUCUUAUUCAAAAUUGAAAAAAAGCAUUAGUGUAU